AUGGGUUCGACGCAAUUCGGCAAUUUCCACGACUUUUGUCGCGACUCGACACUGCCCGUCUGCAACCUGUUCAAGGUCAAUCAGCCCCCGAACCUGCAUUACAACGGGUGUCCGCUUUAUGGCAUUAAACUCAGCGGCGAUCGCUACCUCGCCAAUCUUGGCUCCAUUCUACUGGCUUUCAUUGCGAUCCUGGUUUCGGUGGUUUUGAUAUGGAGGUCGGAAAGGAAGCAUGCCGCUGUCGGGCGCCGGGAGAUGCAAUUGUUCCUGAUUGGGUUCAUUGUGAUUGAGAUUUGUGAGAUCUUCACAGUGGGUGGUAUUCCACUUGAGGAUUCGGUUCGAAAGGGUUUCUCGGCCGUUCAUAUUGCGUCUAUCACUGCGACUUGCUGGAUUUUGCUCAUGAAUGCGCUUGUGGGCUUUCAAUUGCUCGAUGAUGGUACCCCUGCUUCGAUCGGCUUGGUUUGUGGCUCUGCGGUCGUGCUCUUUGUUGGUACCGGCUACAUUGCUCUCGACACGGCAUUCGAUUGGACUGGCCACUUUGCGCCAAGCCACGCGGACCCAAAUAGGAAUAUCGGACUCUACGUCCUAUACCAGCUCUUCCCGCUGGUCUGCCUAUUCCUGUUCUACGUCCUAGAGGCUGUCCUGGUGUUGCGCGUGCUGGGCGAGUUCCGACCAAUGUUCUAUCUCACCGGCGCAACCCUGCUAUUUGCCAUUGGUCAGAUCUUCCAAUACGUGAUCAGCGUCCACCUGUGCGAAGCCUCCAACUCCAAGAUCAACGGCGCCCUUUUCGAGACGCUAUUCACCCUCCUCGCUGUCACCGGAAUCUGGACUUUCUGGAGCAGCAUCACAGAAGAUGACUGGCCCCUGCCCACCACCGGCGGUUACAACUAA